AUGCCAGAUAUUCCAAGAUCAGUCGUUCAGAAAUUGAUGUUCUUUACCGGUGCUAUGAUAAUAUUACCAAUUGUCACCUUCUUCUUAUGUCAAUAUUUAUUUAAUAAUAAUUCCAUAGUGAGUGGAGGGGUUGCAGCUUUAAUGGCAAAUGUUGUAUUGAUUGGUUAUGUUGUUGUUGCGUUCAUGGAAGAUACAAGAACUCCAGAAGAAAUUGAACAAGAAUCAAAGAAACAGAUAUAG